AUGGCAGCGAGGCUGCCCGAGAUCCAGGCGGACAGGUUUAAUUUGUCGGCCAAGAGCUUAGCUGCGUGGACCAUCGCGCACUUAUUUGAGAGCAGCGGCGUGCCCGGCCGCACCCACAGCAGCGAGAACACGUGGGCCAGCAUGAACAAGGAGACGCCAGGCCACGGUCUCAAGGUCGAGUACCAAGCGGUGCUCUCCAUCAGCGGCAGCUCCAAGAAGCUACGCACGUGUGAUGGGAGCGUCCCCAACUAUCUAGCGUCAUUGAGCACCCAGUACCAUAACAUCCAAUAG